UUCCCUUCGCUUUCCAGUUGCCAAAUCUAACUCCCAACUUUGAAGUGCCAUCGACCCCGUUCCCUUUCGCCGUCGCGAUUCGCCCACGCCCAUCGAUCGCCGAGGGAUCCUCCCACUUCGGGCCAUCUCAGACUAUCUGAACUCGAAAGCCAUGGAUUUCAACUAGCUUUUGUCUCUUAUGGAUCCGCCGGAACCCUCCGGCGGCGGCGGCAGCGGAAGCGGAAGCGGCAAAGAAACGAGUGGAGGUGUGGGAGGAAGAGUACCUCGCGUAGUUUUCCUUCGGAACCUCAUUCUCCACCUCGCCGCCCCCUUUCUGUUCUCCUUCCUGGCGGGACUCGUCGGUUUGGCCAUUGAGCAACUCUCGGUCUCUUCCCUGGCCUCGCUACCAUCGUCUUGUAGAAUUGUUUCUAGUGGUGUAGAUGUUAGAACAUCCAAGAUAUGUGAACUUGGAAUAUUGAAUUAUAGAGCUAAGCGAGUGCUCUAUCCUUCAGAGAAGAACACAAGAUUCCCUUGUCAUUAUGAUUACUAUUGGUCUGCUAUUUUUGAGGUAGAGUACAAAGAAUAUUUUACUAGCCAAAUAUUUCAUGCAGUGGCAGAGGUCCCCAAAGAAGCUCUCCCUGAGAAAUGUCGCCCUGGUUUUGAGGCUGCCUGGUUAACUAAAAUGAAAUUCAAGGUAAAUGAAACAUACAGUUGUAGGUAUAUACCAGGUAGUAAAAAGGCUGACAUUAUGCCAGACGAUCUCUUUCAUUGCCAAGCAAAAGAACCUGCGAUUACAGAGAUGUUCAGGAGAUUUUUUAUUCUGCGUUUGAUGCUCAUCAAUAUCUUAAACAGAUCCAAAAAUUUAUGCCUCAAGGAGUUUUCUGGACGUCAUAUAUUGCAUUCAGCAGCAGGAGUUAUCUUUGGCAUGCUGGUCUCCUUGUUUGUUCUCGUCCUUGUCAGAAUAUUCCAAAACAUAGCUCGAACAAUUGUUAGAAAUUGGACCAGUCCGAAUGCUAAUAUUAUGGUGAAACUCAGGCGAUUUUGCCUUCUUGUGGCCUACAUAUGUGCUAUGUGCUGGUUAAGUUUACACUAUAGCAAGUUAAUAGGGUCACAGCAGUUGUUUUCCAAAAGAUCUGUAUGAAGUCUCGUGGAGAUAGAAUUUUAUUUAUGUACGAUAAGUAAAACUGCAAUUCUUUCCUCGAGUUUGUAA